AUGCAGCGCGCCGUUCUAUCAUAUCUCGUCCUCCUGACGACACUAGCGGCGCUGUGCACCGUCUCAUACGCCCACUCAACGCCAGACGCAAUGGUGAUUGUCCCACCGGGGCUCGGAGGAGGAGGAGGAAGGGGCGGAGGAUCAGGAGUAGGCAGCAGCGGGCUAGGCGUCGGCCUAGGGACAACGAGCUACAGCAAAAGGGAUAGCGGAACAGAGAAAUGGCAUGGACUCCUCCGCCGCGAGAUCCAGCGGAUGGUACGACGAGUGGAAACAGAGGACACGGAGGACACAGGGGCAAGGAACGAGACGGCUAUCGAGGAGCUGGACCUGCAGGCGUGGGCCAAGGAGACGACGGCAAAGUGCAUCUCGCGGCUCAGCAGCAUCUCAAAGGCGUCGAACCCGUCCGGUAUCGUGGUGUGCUACAACCUUCCGUUCCUCAGCACAGACUCAGGUGUGUUUGCGGCGGACCUGAGGCUCUACCAGGUGUCGGCCGCGGAGGGCAAUUGGUCGAGCGUUGGCGGUAAUAUCGAUGUAUCGCUCAUGUAUAAUGGGGCUGCGGUGCAGUUGAGGAAUGAGACGACGGAGGAGGCGGCAGCGACUGAGUCGGCUUCGGCGAGCACGACGGGGCCAGAGAAGGUCCAGGAGUUUCACUUCAUUGGGCAGAUUGAUAAGUUGUUGCUUGAGGAUGAGAAGACUGAUGCCCAAUUGCAAACACUGCUCACACCAAAUAUUACCCUAUUUGCCAAGAUGUCGGAUGGGACGGAGCUACAGACAACUCUUUCAACUGAUGAUGCCACUUUCGUCAACGGGGUCUUCUCGAAUUUGGUCGCUAAUGAGACGACGAACACGACGACCACCGCUAGUGCAGCUGCAACGCCGUUUAAGCUGCCAGGGACAAGAAUAGAGAUUGUCCCGAUUGGCCUGUACUUCUAUGGAAGUUAUAUGGCUUUGGCCUGUAUAAUCUUUGGAUACGGGACCUUUGAACGCCAGCGAUUUAGAGACCAGUACCGAAAACGGAUUGCACAGCAGGGAACCCUUGGAGGCAAUCGCGCGAUAUAG